UCUUUACUAAAUAAGGUAACAAAGCACCAAGAGCACCAAGAGAGAGGGAGAGAGAAAAAGAGAGAGCACGUCCGAAAUCGAACCGUUCCCCUCCCGUUCUCCUCUUCUCUGGUUAUCUAGGGUUUCGAUUUCCGUUUGUUUUGCCCUUCUGUACUUUGAUAUUGUUCUUCUUCUUCGUCUCUUUUGCUCUCGCUCUCUAGGAAUUGGGAUUGCGAUUGGAUUUGGAAUUGGGAGUUGGAUUUGGAUUUGGGUUUGGGGAUUUGGAGUUGGGUGGGGAGAGAUGAAAUCGUCGCUGAGGAAGCUGCGGGGGUUGGCGCUCCACAGGCAUGACUCCAAGGGGAAGAAGGAGCACCACGGCCCGGCGCACCAGGACGAGCUCCUCCAGGCCUCGCAGGACAUGUUGGAUAUGAAGAGUUGUUAUGAUAGUUUACUUUCAGCUGCGGCUGCCGCUGCAAAUAGUGCAUAUGAGUUUUCAGAAGCAUUGCAGGAAAUGGGUACUUGUCUGCUUGAAAAAACUGCAUUAACUGAUGAUGAAGAAAGUGGGCGUGUUUUAUUACUGCUGGGGAAAGUGCAGUUUGAACUUCAGAAAGCCGUAGAUAGCUAUCGUGUGCAUAUUAUGCAGACCAUUACAACCCCAUCAGAGUCUCUUCUCAAGGAACUUCAAACUGUGGAGGAGAUGAAACGCCAGUGUGAUGAUAAAAGAGAUUUGUAUAAAUUUAUGCUGGCGGCACAAAGAGAAAAAGGAAGGUCAAAAAUUGCCAAGGGUGAAAGUAUUUCUCCACAGCAGUUGCAAGCAGCCCAAGAAGAUUAUCAGGAGGAGGCAACUCUUUUUGUAUUUCGCUUAAAAUCAUUAAAGCAAGGGCAGUCCCGAAGUCUUUUGACACAGGCUGCUCGGCACCAUGCUGCACAGUUAAAUUUCUUUAGGAAAGGAGUUAAGUCUCUUGAGGUUGUUGAGCCACAUGUCAAAGCAGUAGCUGAACAACAGCAUAUUGAUUAUCAGUUCAGUGGACUUGAGGAUUACACAGAUGAUGAUGAGGAUGAUAAUAGUUAUGAUGGCAAUGAUGAUGGGGAGUUGAGUUCUGACUAUGGCCAAAAUGACCAUGGUCAAGAUCAUGUUUCUGUAUCUAGAAACUCGAUGGAGUUAGAACAACUGGAUCAAACGAAUGCCCCAGCAUCAACUACUGAAACUGCACAGGAAAAUCUUGACUGGAGCCAAGCAGAAACUCCAUUCAGCAGGGGACCUUGGUCUGUUAGCCUAUCAGCACCACUUUUAGCUGAUAAGAAGUUUGAACCAUCUGAAAGGAUAAAACAAAUGCAGCCUUCAUCAACAAGGAAGUUUAACACUUAUGUUCUGCCCACACCAGUUGACGUGAAAACCUCAGAUUUAACAGGCUCAGGUACUUCAGUUUCUGCACCUCGGCUGGAAAGAAAGGGUGGCUGGCCCACACAGCUGUGGCAUUCGUCACCAUUGCAGCCAAACAUGCUUGUGAAAGAAUUCAGAGAUGAUGAGCAGUCAAGCCCCACCAGAUUGCCUAAAGCACAUUCAGUAAUUAAAGAAAGCAACACUAGUAGUGGCCCCAUUAAAAUGCCCCCUCCUUUGAGUGGGGGGUUCUCAUUGCCACAGGUAAAUCCAGUCAAUGCUUUGGACUCUAAAAAGAUAAAGAGACAAGCUUACUCCGGUCCAUUGACAAGUAAAGCAUGGUCUGGUAAGCCCGCAAUUUUUGCAACCGAUUCCACAUCAUCAGUGGAUUAUCAUCCUGCAACUUCUGCAAAGCCAACACAUAUUCCCACAUCUCAGCCAUCUACAUCUCAAAAACUGUCCUCUAGUGCCUCACCACCUCCUAUACCAUCACCAAAAAUUAAUGAACUUCAUGAGCUUCCAAGACCUCCAAACAGUUCAGUGAAACCUACAAGACUGUCUGGUUUGAUUGGACAUUCAGCUCCUUUGGUAUCCAAAGGUCAAGAGCUUCAGGCCACAAUCAAAUUGCCAUUGAUUGCAUCACGCACAGCAUCACCACUACCAACACCGCCUGGGGUUAUGACUCGCAGUUUUUCUAUACCCUCUAAUAGUACAAGAACACCAACAACACCAAUGCUAACAGUUGCCAAGAUAUUGGAGCCUCCUCAAAAUGAAAGCAGAACUGCAGAUGUAUUUUCACCUCCUCUGACACCAUUAUCUUUGAUGAAUGUACAAACUGUGUCAACAAUUUCAGAAUCAGUAGAUCAAGCCACAAAAACAAAAGGGCUUUUAUAAUCAGAACGCACUUCAGUUGUUCAAAGACAAAUAGAAAUGGAGAGCAGUCUCCUCAUGCAAUUUGUGUAUAUAAUAAUUUGUCUAUUCUUAGUUUCCCCCAUGUAUUCCUAGUUUUUAUCGGCUAUUGAUUAUAAUUAUGAUGAGAACAAGCAACAAUAUAUCAAAUAAGGGAUCUUAUUGGUGUACUUUGAUUCAUGAAUGAGAAUUUUGUUUCGUCAUAA